GGAACCAGCACAGGCAGAGCAGGAAACCACAAUUCCCAGAAUGCACUUGACGUUAACUGUGGAAAGGGGGAAGGGAAACUGAGAUUGGAGGGAGAGAAACUGAGAUAUCCGUGACAACCAGUUUGACAUAACAUGUCAUGAGUGCCCCCUAUUGGUUGGAUCUUGUCAAAGAGAAGGCCCACUUCACCAAGACUCACCCCACCUUGGUUUGAGCAUUGCUAUAUUGUGGAUGUGAGGUGCCAACAUUGAGUGUCAAAGCAAUGAAGCAGCUGGGAAAGAGAGAGGCCACCCUAGAUCAGCAGUGUCCAUACCCAGCUCUGCAGCCCCUCUAAUGGGGCAGGAUGCAAAACAAAAUGUAUUCAAAGACAUCUACCUGUUGACUACUCUGGACCGAGAGAGCGAGAGGAAGGAAGGGGACGUUUGACAAGCAGUAUUUGUGGAAAGGGACACAGCAGACAUGGGGGUCUUCCCAAUACCUCUUCUGACUGCCUCAUUCUGGGGGAAAAGGCUUUAAAGGGUAGAGCAGGGAUUACACACUCACACACACACACACACUCAUGCCAUGGAAGGGGACAGUGGUGUCACAGCACACACAGAGUGAGUGAAGGAGGAAGUAAUGAAGCAGCUUCCCCUGUAGAGUGUUGACAUGGGGAAAUAAAAGGUGUCCACUACCAAGUAACCUAACAGUUUGCUCUCUGCUUAGCAAUAAUCUCCCUGCAGUGUCUACCUCACUGUCUGCCCUGGCACUGUGCCACCCUGCCCAGGGUCUGAAUGGAGCGUUCCAUCAUGAAUGUAAAGAGACAGAGGAGCUAACCAAUGGCCACUCCAACCACAAACCUGUGAUGAAUGGACUGAUGCCAGGUCAUAGCGUCAAAGAGCACGCCAACAGUAGUUCAGUGCUCAAAUCUCUGCCAAUUUCAGCUCUGAAGCAGAAUGGCCUUCUGCAGUCCCUGGCAGCAGGAGGAAAGCAACCCAAGACAGAAAGGGAGAGUGCGGAUGUGGAGCAGGCUAGAGAGGAGUGGGAGGCUCUAGAGAGUAUCCAACCAGUGGUCAGUGAGGAGUCCAGUCCCACCCCUCUCAUCUCCUUUAACGAGGCGCUGCAGCACUUCCAGACUACAGACCUUGGAGAGCUGCUGAAGAAGAUCCAGCCCACCAUUCGCAGGACGGGUCUGGCCACUUUCACACACUUUCUGUUCGGCCCGCCGCGACUUCACCGAGAACUACUGGAGGAGAGGGACCUGGUCUUUGCCAUCGCACAGUCUUCUCUGGAUAACAGUCAGGCUGUACACCUGCGUGUUCUACAGACCAUCUAUAAGAGGCUGACAGGCAGCAAGCUGGACUGUCCUCGGUUCGGCACACACUGGGAGAAUGUGGGCUUUCAGGGUACGGACCCAGCCACAGACCUGCGUGGUACAGGUUUUCUGGGGCUGAUGCAUGCCUUGUACCUGGUAAUGGACCCUGAGACGCUGCCUUUAGCCAGAGACAUCUUCAAGCUGUCCCAGCACCCCACACAGAACUUUCCGUUCUGUGUGAUGUCCAUCAAUAUGACCUGUAUUGCCCUGCAUGCACUCAGAGAAGAGGCCCUCUCCAAGGAGUGUAACCGUCGUCAGCAGGUAGUGGGGGUGUUGAAUGAGUUCUACGUUGCCACGUUCCUGCACCUCUACCAGCUGUGGAAGAGCCAGCAGAAGACCGUCUCUGACUCCGGCUUCGUCCUGAAAGAAGUGGAGCUGUUUGCCAAAAAGAACCCCAAGCAGAUGCUGCGUCGACUGGACGUCUUCUUGAGGGAGAGGAGGUACCCGGACCCCACGGCCCAGCGACCCUCACCCUGCCUGGGGGGGAGAGGGGCCAGGUCUGAGGGAACCAGGGGCAAGGAGAUGCACUUCACUGGAGUGUGUGAGCUACCACUAAACAUGGAGGGAGAGGCCAGGCUCAUCUGACACACAGAGAGAGUCUGUGAGUACGGCUAGACUAGUCUGAGCUAGAAAGAGAAAGAGAGUGUGUUUGUGUCAGUUGUGUGUGUAGGGACCCCACCAAGCUUUGACCCACUCCCUGCGGUCCUUUCCCAUUGAUGCUGUAAAACUGCUGUCAGAUCAGUUUGUAUGGAGUCACUGACUCCUCUCCCAACAGAAGUACUUGUCGGUGUGGCAUGGGACUCAUGGAUGAAUAGAAGAUGUCAUUAAAUAGAGAGAGAGAAUGAAAGGUUAGCGUUUCAAGGACUGGUCUGGGUGCAGGCUUUGCUCCAGACAAGCAAGCAGUAGCGCACCUGAUUCUACUAAUCAUCCAAUCAUAGUUGGUUUAUUGAGGCCAAAUCAGAAGCUGCCAAACCCCAGGGCUUCUAUCUGUCUGCAGCCCUAGUAGAGUUCUGGAAGGGUGUAGUGUCUCUGACUGUCUUCUACUGUCAGCAGAACUGUGUGUGCAUGUUCUUGGUAUGGAGAUUAAGGUGUGUGUUGGCUAUAGGGAGUUGAAACAGUGAGGCCUGUGUUUCUGUAUGUAGUCAGGUUAAUGUGCGUGUGUCUGGGUUCGGAUUGUUCUUGUCCCAGUGCAGGUUAAAUAGGCUGGUGUGUGUGUGUGUGUGUGUGUGUGCUCGGAUGGUUCUUGUCUCAGUCCCAGUGCAGGUUAAAUAGGCUGAUGUGUGUGUGUCUGGGCUCGGAUGGUUCUUGUCCCAGUGCAGGUUAAAUAGGCUGAUGUGUGUGUGUCUGGGUUCGGAUGGUUCUUGUCCCAGCGCAGGUUAAAUAGGCUGGUGUGUGUGUGUGUGUGUGUGUGUGUGUGUGUGUGUGCUCGGAUGGUUCUUGUCUCAGUCCCAGUGCAGGUUAAAUAGGCUGAUGUGUGUGUGUCUGGGUUCGGAUGGUUCUUGUCUUAGUCCCAGUGCAGGUUAAAUAGGCCCAGAGCCCCUGGUUGUUUGGGGGAUAUAUUUUUUAAUAAUUGAAAAACUAUUUUAGUCCUUUCCUAAGGGAUAGAUGCCAUAACAAUACAUGAAAUAAUACUGUAUAUGAAAAUGAUAUAUUAUAUUAUGGAUAUUGCGAUUGAUGAUAGUGGCAGAAUGAGAGGGACUUCUUCUGCUAAGAAACUCAGGAAGACUGUUCAAAUGAUUCCCUGUUCCCUGUAUAGAGUUCUACUGUUGACCAUCUUCCCUGUAGUGAAUAGGGUUUCAUGUAGUGAAUAGGGUUUCAUGUAGUGAAUAGGGUUUCAUGUAGUGAAUAGGGUUUCAUGUAGUGAAUAGGGUUUCAUGUAGUGAAUAGGGUUUUACGUAGUGAAUAGGGUUUCAUGUAGUGAAUAGGGUUUCACGUAGUGAAUAGGGUUUUAUGUAGUACGUGGGGUUUUACGUAGUGAAUGGGGUUUUACGUAGUGAAUGGGGUUUUACGUAGUGAAUGGGGUUUGACGUAGUGAAUGGGGUUUGACGUAGUGAAUGGGGUUUGACGUAGUGAAUGGGGUUUGACGUAGUGAAUGGGGUUUCAUUUGACAUGAGCAUUUAGACUGGUCCGUCAAGCCAACAGCUAUUGGCUGGCGGGCGUGGCAGUGAGCUGGUUUAGUCUGACCAGUGAUGGAAGUCGGCUGGGAGGUUUUCUACAUACAUUCCGUUUCAGAGCAUCCAACUGGAGUUGAUUGACCAGCGCCAGAUAAAUGUCAAUCGUGUGUGUGUGUGUGUGUGUGUGUGUGUGUGUGUGUGUGUGUGUGUGUGUGUGUGUGUGUGUGUGUGUGUGUGUGUGUGUGUGAUAUGACUAAAUGGAUAGUGCACACCAAUUACACCCGUGCCUAACUGAAGGUUAGUGUCCAGAGAGGAUCUUUUACUAAAUGAUGAAUUGACAGUGAUGAUAACAGGGUGUGUCUCUAUGAAGGUGUAAAGUAAGCAAUCCCAACUCUGUCAGAGAUCAUACUAAUAAUGGUGUGUGUGAUGGUACAGUAUGACAGGGGAGCGUCGUCCUGCAGUCACAAUCAGUAGCAUGUUCAGGUAGCACCGGUACUGUAGCCUCCUUGUUGUUUUUACCUUCCUUGUAAAGCUUGUUUUUCUUGGUCAUGUGGUCUGAUUUACAGUCUUUAGCGUUGGUGCUGUUACUACAGUACAUUCACAACAUCCCCUCUACAACAGACAUGUAGUUAGAGCUACUCAGUGGAUUCAUGGUUUGUGAGGUACUUGUAGAUCUUCAGUAGCCGGUUCUUAAAUAGGAUCUUUGUCUUUUGGGAUGAAAGCAGAACAAGCAGGAGUGUCCUCUCUCUAAGAGCAGAUCGUCAGGGGUUAAAGUGUACACAUCUAGAAACAUGAUAUGAUCAGCUACAAUAUGUAGCCUAUCUUGUCUUAUUGGGUUAUUUACAAGCACAUCACUAUCCACAUAUACCCCUCCAUUUUCAAAAAAGGAAUACGUGCUGUUUUUUUGCCAAGCGUAAGUGUUUUUGUUAGUCAGCAAAAUGUGCACUCUUCUAGAAUGCUGGAGGUGUGUACAGUGUGAGUGUUGCUAGGUGACUAUUAGGCUUUGUCUGUGUUGUAUUUUUAACCGACCUCGAAAGAACAGGGCCUCUAUCUCUGCAGCUAUAAUCUCAUCAUAGCCCUCGUUAAUCUGAAAUAUUUACUAAAGUAAUGUAAUUUAACUGAACCUGUAUUUCAGAUUGUGAAGAUACACAAAGUCAUUUUAUUUUAGCAGAAGUGCUUGUUCCAGUUUAGUGUGUGAAUCAGGAAGUACAAAAGGUGAUUGUUACUGUGUGAUUGUCAGUAGGGUAUUCUAUUGAAAUUAAUCAGAUUUAUUUAUAUAUAAAGCCAUUUUUACAUCAGCAGAUGU